AUGGGGGAGGUAUUUUUCGACGGCUUUGGAGGUAGCAAGGUGAUGGUUAAAGAGAGAGAGGGAGCGAAUGUGAAAUUACUAAUCGAUUCAACAAACAAUUCUCUGAUUACGGGUUCUUUAAGGUUUGCCGAGAAGAUCUGCGUUUUGGUGAUUCCAAUUGUAGCAAUAUUUGAAGUAUUGAUUUUCGCGGUGUCGGGUUGUUGCGAGUGCCGGAGAUCGUACCACACGAAGAAAUUGCUGUACAAGUACGAUGAUUUCAAUAGUCCUGCCAGUAAAUCUCGAUUUACUGUGAAUGAAAUUGAGGCAUUAUAUGAGCUGUUUAAGAAGUUGAGUAGUUCAAUUAUAGACGACGGUUUGAUACAUAAGGUUUUUGAUCUUUUUGAUGAAAAGAGGAAUGACGUUAUUGAAUUUGAAGAAUUUAUCCAUGUACUCAAUGUGUUCCAUCCCCGUGCCCCAAUCGAAGAAAAAAUAGAUUUUGCCUUUAAGCUUUAUGAUCUCAGAGUGACUGGGUACAUUGAGCGAGAAGAAAUAAGCUUGUUACUACGUGAUGUUAAUCUUCAGAGUAUGUUUGGUAUGAUUUUUGUUAAGCAGUUGGUGAUUGCAAGUCUGAUGGAAUCUGACUUGAAGCUUUCUGAUGAUCUUCUCAAGCAAAUACUUGACAAGACAUUUGCAGAUGCUGAUGCCGACAUACAAAUUAGCAUUUAAGUUGAAAGAUAAAAUCACGGUUAGUGUCCUUAAUUCCUUUUGGUUUAAUAGACAAUCCUUGGGUUAAAAACACUAGCAGCGACUGAACUUUUAUAUAAACUUCACGUUAGUCACUCAACUUCAUAUUGUUCGUAUUUGACCAUUGAACUUAAAUACUGUUACAAUUUGCUUGCUAAACUUAAACCAUUGGUUACAGCUUGAUCAGCAACAUUUCCAUCUUGCCAUGUCAUCUUUUUCUGAUAGUCAAAUUAAUGGACAUGGACUAAGUUAUCCAAUUGUCACGAGUAUUUAACUUGAGUAACGAACUUAAAAUAAAAUGAAGUUCAAUGACACGAAAUUUUGCUUAAAAGUUUAGUGAACAUGUUUAUUUAAGCUGCCAAUCUUCAAAAAGGAAAAUGACAUCUACUUGAGAAGAUCACUACAUCAGAAUGUUUCUUCAUGCCUAAAAAAUUUGUGCCUAUAUCUUCCAGGGAUGUAUGUUUGAGAACACCAUCACUAUCAGUUAAUCUCAUGAAAUUUCUAUCAAAAGUAUCUAGAGGGUUAAAAAGGUUACCUGGUCACGAUCCUACAUUGUGGUAGCUCUAUCUAGUAUUUUUUGGAUUACAUCCUAUUACAAUACCAUUCAUGCCACGUAUGUUAGAUGAUGUGAAGAGUAUCAAAUGCCUACAUGAAGGGAAUGAAUGAAUGAAUUAUAUGAAGGCUACAAAAUGAGGAAAGGCAUACACACACACAUAGGGCCAUAAAAAAGGAAAGGAUAAACAAACAUGCCAAUUGCAAUCAAGUGAUUCAACAAAGAUUCUACCAAACCCAGGGUCUUGGCUAGAAGAAAAGGCGACAAAUUGCAGUUCAUUAUCAUCGAUAAGGGUCGAAAGAGAGAAAAUAACGGCUUUUUAGGUGGGUUGAACAUUAAUCAUAAGCUUUUUAGGUUUGGAUCUGUCGCAACAAAACAUAUGAGAUUGUAAAUCAUAGAUCCCAAAUCAAUCUUAAAACCUCGUGCGAGAUGAUACGGUAGAUUGGCCUUCAGACGACUAAUGGUGGUGUGGUGUGAGUUUGGAUCGAUGCUGUGACCGAUGAAGUUAUAUAGGAUCAUUAUAUAGGAUCACAAGGGAGUUUGUCAGAUGUCGGUAUUCAAAUUUAUUUUCUAGAAGUGGCCAAGUGUCGUCUCUUCCAUAUAGCAUCUGUGCAAUGGCUAACAUGUCUAGAUCCAUUGGCACUAGAACGAUAUUGUCCCUAGUUAGUCCUUCGUAAAUAUCGAUCACUUCUGGUAAGAACAUUAGAUAUGUCUUGAAUCCAUGCCUGGUGCAUAUGUUCGGUCCCCAAAAUGUCUAACUCUGCAUUAAAGUUGGCGUAGGACUCUUACACCAAGGUAAGAUAAACUUUGUAAGGUUGCCUGCUACUUGUUCCCAUCUUGCUAAACGAAUCAACUGGGUCAUCUCAAACCCUAGAAAGUCUUCCACCACUACUUGUCGUUCUGGCCAAAGUUUCCAUCUUGAGACCAAAUUAUCAAAUCUAGCUUUGUGCUCAAGGAUUGGAAAUUGCCACAUACCUCAUCAUCAAGUCGAGUGCGAACUAUGCUGGAAGAUCUCGUGACCUUUUUUUGCCCUAUGAUGUGGAAGAAAUAUUAUUUCUCAAACAAUGUAAAAAAAUGAACAUUAGUUACUUGUAUAGGAUAUGUCAGCCAUAAUAAAAUAAUAUGAACGUCGAUUGAUAGGAAAGAUGAGCGUUCGCAGGUAGGGAAUGUAAGUAGGGCCACAUGCAUGAACAAAAACUGCAUUUAGACCUUUUGUUAAACACGUAAUGUGCGAACCAAUGAGUCUAAUGCAAACUUUGAACAUAAACAAGUCUAAUCCACGAAUUUACGACACAUGGCAAACCCAACAUUGACCUAAUCCCGUUCUCUAUCAAGAAUCACAAAAAUUCCAACAAAUAGCAAGAUAUAUAGAAAACUAGCAAAUCCAAGAAAUUCUUCAAAAUAUAACGCGUACUUUUGAUUUCUUGAAACUUGGGGGAUGUUAGUGUGAAAUAGUUGCUGAAUGAUGUUGUAGUUUGUACAAUCUUCAAUGUCCAC